GCUGAUGGAGCUUCAGUGAGUAAAGCUCCACACUUUCUCAUUACUAGCUUAGCAUCACCGCAGGCCUCGCUUGCUUUUGUUCAACUUCACUGGGUACAGUCUGAAGAUAAAGGACAUGUCUGCCGAAAAGAAGCCCAAAAAGAAGAAGCCCGAGUCGACUCCAGCAGAGACCAACAGCACCGAAGCCAAACCCAAAAAGAGCAAGAGCAAGAAGAGCUUGGAUCUGUCGGCCGAGAGCAGCCCGGUCACUCAGAAUGGAGAGAAGGUGAAGAAGAAGAAACUGGAGAAGGACAAAGAAUCAACAGAGAAGGAGAAGGAAAGCAAAAAGAAAGCAAAAAGUGCCCCAAAGAAGAAGAAGAGUUCUACAGAAGAUGAUGAUGAGGAGGAGGAUGAUGAAGAGACCACUCCUCAGAAGAAGACAAAGAAAAAGACUUCAAAAGCAAGUUCUGAUGGAAAGGAAAAAGAGAAAGAAAAAGACAAGAAGUCCAAAUCAAAAGAUGUCAAAGAGGAUGUAGAUAGUAAAGGAAAAUCUAAAGCCAAGAAAAAGGAACCAGCCUCCAUGUUUCAGAUCAAUGGAGACAAGCCUGAAACCAAGAGUAAAAAGAAAGCAGCUGCCAAAUCUGAGAGUGAAGAUGAGAGCCAACCAGAAACCAAAACCAGCAAGACGAAGAAGAAGAGCAGCUCAACCCCAGCGUGCAUGUUUCAGACAGGAGGGGACAAAGACAAGGACAAAAAGACAAAAAAGACCAAAAGUCCUGCUAAAGCAGAAGAGACUGAAGACUCUGAUUCAGAAGUGACACAGAAAAAGAAAAAGGGCAAAGGGAAAAAAGGCAAAAAGGAGGAGCGAGCACCUUCUCCUCCCAUCGAGUUUGACAAUCUGGAGGAGUUCGUUCUUCAGCCUGCACAACAGGGCGUCACGGUAAGGUGCAAAGUGACCCGUGACAAAAGAGGGAUGGACCGAGGCCUUUACCCAACAUACUACCUGCACCUGGACGACGAGAAGAAAGUGUUUUUGUUAGCGGGAAGAAAGAGGAAAAAAAGCACAACCUCAAACUACUUGAUCUCCAUUGACCCGACCGACCUCUCCAGAGGAGGGGAAAACUUCAUUGGGAAGCUGAGGUCAAAUCUGAUGGGUACUAAGUUCACGGUGUUUGAUAAUGCACUGCAUCCGGACAGAGCUCUGCCGGACAUGUCUAAUGCACGGCAGGAAUUAGCAGCCAUUAUCUAUGAAACAAAUGUUUUGGGUAUGAAAGGACCAAGGCGAAUGAUUGUAAUUAUUCCUGGCAUGAGCAAAGACGGAGAACGAGUCCCAUUACGACCACGUAGUGAAAAUGAUGGCCUCCUCAUUAGACAUCAGAACAGAAAUAUGGAAAACUUGAUAGAGCUGCGCAAUAAGACGCCAGUGUGGAAUGAAGAAACGGCGUCACACGUGUUAAACUUCAGCGGCAGGGUCACACAGGCCUCCAUCAAAAACUUCCAGAUUGUGCAUAACAAAGACCAGGACUAUAUUGUGAUGCAGUUUGGGAGAGUCGCAGACGAUGCCUUCACUCUGGACUACAGGUAUCCUCUGUGUGCCGUGCAAGCCUUUGCCAUCGCCCUCUCUAGCUUUGAUGGCAAAAUCGCCUGCGAGUAAAAGCAUAAACACGUCCUGUUGGUGUCUUUCUGUUAUUUCAUCACACGUUCUCAAUCAGCAUCGGCUCAAUUCACAACAAGACUGAAAUCCAUGAAUCUGUAAAAUAUAGCCACCAUUGCAUGUGAGUUUGCAUUAUUUUACAUGCCAUAGAGAGAUCUGCUGGUAAUAUCCGCUUGGGCUAAAAUCAAGUAAUGGUUGUAGACAGAGUGGGUGAACUGAGAAAGCAUUGAGAUGUUUGAUUUGAGAGUUUGAAAAAUGCGAAUUACCCCGGUGGUGAGGAGGUCACAUUAGACGUGAUGUGUGUUUGAAAAAGGAAAGUUUUAGGUUAUGCAUACAAUGCAAUUAGCAAAAAUGUGUUUUAACAUUGUCUGUUCAACAUUUUAGUAAAUUGGUUUAAAAACUGUUAUCUUAUACUUAUAACAUGAAUAGAAAAUGCACUUUGUUCAUAGGAAUAGUUCACCCAAAGUUGAUCAUUUGCUGAAAAUGCUCAGCCUCAGGCCAUCCAAGAUGUAGAUGAGUUUCUUCAUUGGAGAAAUGUACUGUAGUAAUACAUCACUAGCUCAGCAAUGGAUCCUCUGCAGUGAAUGGGUGCCGUCAGAGUGAGAGACCAAACAACUGAUAAUAGCAUUACAAUAAUCCACAAGUAAUCCACACCACUCCAAUUAAUAACACCAGUGAAAUAAGUCCGCCUCCUGUUGUCCUCUCACAUCAAAAUCCAUCAGCAAAUUUGUUUAGAGCUGUUUUGGCUUGUAAACAGGGCUUGAUCUCUGCAUAUUUCUCUUCUGAUUCAAACAAGAUUACUUUUUCACUAGAGAAAGCAACAUUGUGGAUAGAUGACUCAUAUUUUAGCUGGAAGCAAUGGUUUGAUGUUAAUUGAUGGAUUGGAUUACUUGUGGAUUAUUUUGAUGUUUUCAUCAGCUGUUUGGACUCUCAUUCUGACGGCACCCAUUCACUGCAGAGCAUCCAUUGGUGAGCAAGUGAUGAAAUAUUCCAUUUCUCAAAAUGUUUUCCCAUGAAGAAACAAAAUAAUUUAAGCUGGCCUGAGGGUGAGUACAUUUAUUUUUUAAAUGUAAAAUUUUUGGGUGAACUAUUCCUUCAAAAAAAAUAAAAAAAUAAAAAAUAUAUAUAUUUCUAUGUAUUUUUGCCGUUUGUGCUGUGUUUUGUGUGUGUAACCGUUAAGAAUGCUUAUCUUAGAGCAAGCAAGAAAGUGGUUGUCUGUGCAAGUGUGCCGAAAGCCUAAGAUUAAAGCAAGGUCCAGAUUUAUCAAAGCUGAUAGUAAAUUUCUGAUUGCACAUGCAAUAUCAUUGAAUGAUGUUUGGAGUAUGUCAAACAUCUCAGCCACUCAUGCAGUUUCUUGCUUACUCAAGCAAAGCUGAUCUGGAAUAAUAAGUGUCAUUACAGGAAUAACGUGAACUAUCACCUGAUGCAGAUAUGAUGCACCUGAUGUUUGGUGUUUAAUUGUUUUGUUUUGCCUUGUAUGUGUCAUUGUAGUUUAUGAUUAUUUCUGUAACAUGGAAUGUAUUUGAUAAAAACCCAUAACUGUCUUAAUCUGUGCAGACAAAAGUAAGUAGUCAUGUUCUUCCAUUUUUUAUUAAAUGUUAAUGUUAAUGUAGGAAGGUAAAUGCAAUACUUUGAAAUGAAAUAAGUGUUUGUAAAAAUGUGCUUUAUUUAAGAGUUUCAUUUCUGGGUGUUUGAUGGAUGUGUGCAAACCUUUGCCUUUGGCAGUUCAGGUUGCUACAGUAAAAAAAAAAAAAAAAAAAAAAGUCAACAUGGAAUAAAAACAUACUUCUUGUACGUUC